CCCCUGCCAUGAUGUGCGUCAUCGCCCCUCCUUGUGUCCCUGAGCUGGGCCCCUGCACCCACCUCCUACGAGGCUGAAGCUCUGACUAAACUUUAAUGAUAACUAUCUUUUUUUUUUCUCCGGCGAGGCUGACCGAACCGAAGCCGAGAUUUCUCCAACAAUACUAUAGGUACAUCAUUAUUAGUAUCAUCUAUUAUUACCACAAAGCUUAAUCAAGCGAAGCGCAAACUAAUAAUAAAGCUCGUGAUAUCAUAAUUAUUUCACGAACACCCAACAAUGGAUAGUAUAUGCGCACGAUGGUAAUCAACGCCAGCGCAACAACAACUUCCACACCCCCCCGGCCGCCGUAAACAACAAGCCUCGACUCCUCGAACUAGACUACCAAGUUAGUAGCCGUAGUACCUAGUCGCAAAAUAAAUGGCCGCGCCCCUUCGCUCCGCCGGCGCCGCAGCCUCCACCGCAGCCAAGAGCGGCAUCUUCACGCCGCGCGCCGUCUUCGAAGUGACGUCCUCGCUGCCGCGCUCCUACUACCUCGGCCACCACGUCAGCGCCCUCGCCUCCAUGCGCAAGAUCCUCUCCAGCAUAAGCCUGAUCCUCGAGUGCCGCGACAGCCGCAUCCCCAUAACCUCCGCGAACCCGCUCCUCGAAACCGCCCUCGCGGGCCGCGACCGCAUCAUCGUGUACACCAAGUCCAACCUCCUCGCGCCGGGCGGCAACCGCCAGCGCGUCCUCAAGGAGCAGCGGCAGCUGCUGGGGGACUUCCACGCCGGGCGCCUUACCGGCAGCGGUGUGUUCGCGAGCGAGGAGCAAGAGGAUGAAUUGGACAAUGAAGAUGGGUGGGAAAUACAACCCGGCGCAAGACGACCAAAGUCAUCACGGCGAGAGGAGCAAGACAGAGAUGCAGAGGGGGGCCCCGCCAGGACGACGGUCGUGUUCACGGACCAGAGCAACCUGCGGUCGAUCAACCAGCUGAUCGAGACGAUCAAGCAGCGUGCCGUGGCCGCGGAGUCGCUGACGGGCCUGCGCGCCAUGGUGGUCGGGAUGCCGAACUCGGGCAAAUCAAGCCUGCUGAACGUGCUGCGGCGCGUCGGCAUGUCGCCCGAGCUGCCCAAUGCCGCUCGCACAGGCGCCGAGCCAGGCGUGACGCGCAAGCUCAGCACACCGGUGCGGGUGAUACCGGAGGACACCGCGGCAGGGAUCGACAGUGGCGUCUUCGUCGUCGACGCGCCCGGUGUAUUCGUUCCCUACGUCAGCGACGUCGAAGCGAUGCUCAAGCUCUCGCUCGUCGGGUGCGUCAAGGACGGCCUGGUCCCCGCCGAGACCAUCGCCGACUACCUACUAUUCCAGAUGAACCUACGCGACCCGACCAUGUACGGCGAGCUCAGCGCCCCGACCAACGACCCCCUCGUCUUCCUCGAGAACAUCGCCCUGCGCACGGGUAAGCUCGAAAAGGGCGGCCUCCCCAACAUCGUCCAGGCCGCCGACUGGAUCGUCCAGCAGUGGCGCGGCGGCUUCGUCGGCCGCUUUGGCCUCGACGAGGUGAGCGAGACGGCGCUGCGGGCGAGGGCGCUGAAGGAUGCGCGCGGGGAGUCGGAUGGGCCGGUAAGCAUGAACCAAGCUCGGAAACGCAUCAAGGAGGCUAGGAAGGAGAAGCAGGCGGCGAAGAGAGGAGCUGCCAAGGGAGGAGGGAUAGUAUGAGUUAUCGGCCAUACUUUUUCUCGGUGAAGCUUUGGAUAACUAUGACUUAUGAGCGUGGACCGGACGUAAAAAAAGAAAAAAGUUUGGCGCUCAGUGCUAUAUCACAGGUUAUGAAUUAAUGUACCUAUACCAAGAGUAAAUAAAUCGGAG